AUGAAUAUUGUCCUCGUUUUUGGCCAGCAAAUCGAUGGCUACAUUGCUGGCGAGGACUAUCCAGCGUACGAUGCAGUGCCCAAGGGUCUGGCCUUCAACUGCCAGGGACGCCAGCCUGGCUACUAUGCGGACACAGAGACGCGUUGUCAGGUCUGGCACUGGUGCCUCCAUUCUGGCCAUCAGUACUCCUUCCUCUGCCCCAAUGGCACUGUCUUCAAUCAGGCCGUUCGUGUGUGCGAUUGGUGGUCGAAUGUGAACUGCGCCAGCUCCGAGCAGCUCUACCAGAACAACGAUGAACUCUACCGCAUUCCAGAGCGCAAGCAGCAACAGCAGCAGCAGCAACAGCAGCAGAACGAUGUAUGAUAUGAGGCCGAUGAUGAGUAUAAGAUUGGGACAGCAAAUGGAACCAGAGAGCGGGGCGGCAGACAGCGGCAAUUUCAGCAAGCACAAUAUAAUAUCAAUAGCAAUAGCAACAGCAAC